AUGAGCACGAUCGAGUGUUUACUGGAGGUGACAUCUUUACCGGAGGUGGAAGUGGCUGGAGGUCGAGAUGGAUUGCAAGAGCUCUCAGAAGGCGGGUCAGUCUCUACAAGGGACCCGGGAGCUUUGGAAGGGUCGAGCCGCGCGCCACAGAAAGUUCCAUCAUCACGGCAAUCAUCAGAGCCCCUGGAUGGGAAUGAGGUGUACAAGCAAGGGGGGUACAGUGUAGUACGGAAGUGGGAGUAUGGCGCCAACCUGUUCUACAAGCGCGGCAACAAAGGCAACGAGAGUCAGCCUGGCCCCAAAUACUUCAUGCACCAGAAUGCCAACCUCCUCAACCAUAAGGCACGAGUCGUCCUCCACAUGUGGUCUGGGAAGCAUGAUGUUAGGACCGGCCUCCGCAUUUCGUGGCGCAGCUACGCCUCCUAUCCUGACUGGCGCACGGCAGAACAGCACUUGCUGUUUUUGCAGCAACAUGGUUCUGUCUUUGAGGUCAUCCAGGAUGGGCAGCCCUGCAAACCUUACCUGGACCUGGACGGCAAAGAGGGGCUCCCUUUCAGGCCUCGUGUCCCGGCGAUGGAUGGUGCCGGUGAAGGACCAGUUAGGAUGACCCAACAGGAGGUCAUGCAGAUGAUCGAGAAAUGGACGACGGUCGUGUUUGAAGCCGACUACGGCAUCAGAUUUACAGCCCAAGACAACUUCAUCUGGAUGCAGAGUGGGAGCCAGACAAAGUUCAGUAUGCACCUCACGAUCAAUCUGACGGGGCCCCAGCUGGUUUUCAAGUCAAACCUGUCGGACGGGGCCAAGGACUUUGCUGUCCGCUUGAAGAAGCGGUUGAUGCUCUGGGCCCCCGAGGUAGCCGGCCUUUUGGACCUGGACGUGUACACGAGGGACCGGGAGUGGCGCGCGCCGGGGAGUGCAAAAGUGGAGAAGCCAGAGAGCAUCCUCCAAUUUCUCGAUCCGGCACACACGUGGAAGGAUGCAUUGGUGACGUGGUUGCCGCCGCCAGAGGAUUGUCAGAUAAUGAAGGUGCCAUUCACGCUGCCGGCCAAGUUGUACAAGGGUCCAUCGGAUCCAAAGCAGCUGACGGCUUUCGGCGACCGCACUCCACAGAACAGUGCGUUUGUGAAGGAGCGCAUGCUGACCUUGUUGCGGGAAAGGCUUCAUCCUACGGCCUAUUCGGAAGGCCCCUAUCGGUUCAACUACACCGACCGGUCCGAGCCCUGCUACACAGGCCGCGUGCAUGACGGCCGUCAGAACCUGACGUGCCAUCUCGCAUCUGAUGGCAAGAUUUACGCACUGUGCUUUAGCACCACGACCGACCUUCAUGGCGACGCCCCGGAGCCUUGCCGUUCCAAGGCGUUAUACCUGGGAGACUUGUACGAGGACAACCUGACUUUCCGGUCUGCUGCAAUCGUGGUUGACAUGGAGUACUUAGGACGUGAUCGCGCAGCCAGCACUCCCGCUCUGCUUGCCGAAGUGGCCGCCGGGCGAGCAGUGUCUACAGAUUCGGCACGCCUAAACAGCGUCAUCGACAGGUGGAUUGGGCAGACGGAUGCGGAGGGAGACCUUGGCCCUCCGGAGUUCCCUCUACUGGCCUUCCGGUCGGGCGUUGGUACCGGCAAGACGGAAACCUGUACAACCAUUUUAUCUGAGCUGGAGCAUUUGAGCAGCCGACGACCGCUGACCAUUGUCUUCAUCACAUAUCGAGUGGCUCAAGCCAAGGAUCUGAAGAAGAGGUUCCCGGGCUUUGAGAACUACCUGGACCUCAAGGCCGAUUACAUCGAUCAGUAUUUUGCGGAUCCAGGGAGCAGCGAGAAGCUCACCGCGCUUCAAGAUAGAGAUGCAUUUCCUGAUCUCAUCAUCCAGGUGGACAGCUUGCUCGGGCUCCGCCCUCAGGGAGUUGGUGAGGUUCCACCCUUUGACGUGGUGGUUCUGGAUGAGACUGCCAGCAUACUGGCCCAUCUCUCUGCAAAGACACUCAAACGGGGGAUGUGUACCGCUAAUCUCCUGCUGGAGAUCGUUCAGAAUGCAUCACGGGUUCUCGCUAUGGACGACGGAUAUGGCCAGCGGGAGCAUGACUUCUUCCAGAUGGCGGACGUGCAAGGACAGCUUAUCAUCAAUGAGCGCUUGGCUAAGGCCGGGCUCAAUGUGGUUGGUAUCUUCAUGUCCACCAAGGCACUCUAUCGCCUUCAAACACGCAUCCUGGAGAAAGGCAUAUUGUUAGAGGCGGACAUAGUGGUACAUACAGCCCUCAGCAGCAGCGAGAAUAUGGCUCUUCUCGAUGAUGUCGAGACAAAGUGGAAGGUGCGGUUGUUGAUGUACAGCCCCACAGUGGAGGCAGCUGUGAACUUUGCCGUGCGGUGGUUUGACUCCAAGUACAUAUUCAUGUGCACGCACAGUGCAACCGCUCGAGGUGUUUGGCAAGGAUCUUUGCGAGUCCGACACACGAGCAACCCAGUUGUCAACUGCUGCAUCCAGUCUGGCAUAUCGGUGCUGGUGGAUGAUAGAGUGGUGGUUCCCGUGACAGAGCUCGAGAUCUCCAAGACUAUCAGCAACACCCAGGCCACGGCGGUCACGGUGCUUUCUGAAACGACCGGAGUUGAAGGAGUGGAGGCUGAGCUUGUCAAGAAGGCGAAGAAGGCGCCGGGUGAGUUCGUUUCGCCUCGACGGAUUACCGUCGAAGAGACAUCCGCAUACCUCCGUUGUUGCAAUGCGGAGCAGGCGCGGUCGUUCCGAGAUGAACGAGUCUCCAUGCGAGACGAGAACAAUCCGCUCUUGCCAAGCAGGGUGGUGCACAUCAAGGACGACGGACCUCUUUUUCGAACCCUGACCCACACCGAAGCAGAGCGACGCAACUCAGAUGAACGUUUCCUUCACGAGUUCAAGCUUCAGAUUGACAAGGCGGGGCACAUCCUGAAGGUGGCCCCGCUUGUACCCACGCCGGUGGGGAAGAAGCAAAGACCUGGUGUAUUUGGCGAGGAGGCAAGAAGAAUUUUUGGGGCAAAGGCGCUGAGCGUGAAAGAGUACGCUGAGGUGAAGGAGCGCCGGAAUGUGAAGCGGGACGUAGGCAAUGAGAAUGUCGAGGCAUUGAGGUACGAGCUAUGCAAAUUCUACGGCCUCACAACGCUCGAGCCUUUUUUUUGGGACACGGUGCAAGACGCCAUCAAGCCACCAUUUAUGGAGGAGCUUUCCAUGCUCCUCAAGGUCCUCAUCCCAGACGAGAAUCUGAAUGAGGAAGGGCUGGGUGUCACCAUGAACGACAAGCCAAUGGCAGAAUUUGUGCGAGAAGUGCUCAAGGCCCUUGGUCUCGCCCACCCCUUCGACCUGACUCCGACCCGCCCCUUUCUCGCGGGUGGGCUCAAGAAAGCCCUUCUGGAGACCGCCUUUUUCAAGGGGUAUAGAAGUCGCUCUAGGCGUGGAGCAUCGCUGGCGGAGAGGACCCCCUCGGAGAUGUUCGGGAGGUUGCGUCUCAAAUUCAAAGUGGGCUACAUUGAGUGGUCGCCUGGAGAGCUGAAAGGGGCUUUAAACGUGAUGAUGGGAGCAAUCGGGCUCGAGUUUGAGCCACUGAUCGAGGUAUCUCGGCCGAGACGUGGGACCAACAAGUCGGGUGCGGGGCAAGCGGACUACCAACUCCGCUUGAAUGCUGAGAAGGUGCACAAGAUGGCGAUGCUGGCAAAGCUUCAAUUCAGACAAGUGGCCGACUGGUGGAAAUACAUCAAGGCUCUCAGCCCGGUCGCACGAGAGUACUUGGAUUCGGUGGAUGCCAGCAUCUUCGACCCCUUGCUGGAGAGGCCAUCCGGCUUCCCACGCCUCGCUGAUCUCCCCGAGCCCGAUUCCCCCGAGCCUAAGGUGCCAGCGGAGGAGGUCUGCCUGAUCACCAUUCCACCUUAG